UCCCCCUUUGGAGCUGAGCGGCGGGUGCUGCCUGCAGAACGCACCGCCUUGCCCAGCACAGCCGCCGCUGGAGCCUCAGCAGCGGCAGCAGGAGCCGGAGCAGCAGCCAUGAGCCAGGCAACCGCCGCCUCUCUUUCAGCAGCAGAAGUAGCCGCCGUGUCCGCUCCCGCCUCCCGCGGGGCUCCCCAGCAGCCGUCCGCCGCCGCCGCCGCCCGCGUCUCUCCCAGCUCGGCGGGACCAUGAAGCGGCAAAACGUCCGGACUCUGGCCCUGAUUAUCUGCACCUUCACCUACCUGCUGGUGGGCGCCGCCGUCUUCGACGCCCUGGAGUCUGAGGCGGAGACGGCCGACCGGACUAAGCUGGAGCAGAAGCAGCUGGAGCUCAAGAGCAAGUACAACCUCUCCGAGGCCAACUACUGUGAGCUGGAAGGGGUGGUGCUGAAGCUGAAGCCCCACAAGGCCGGCGUCCAGUGGAAGUUCGCCGGCUCCUUUUACUUCGCCAUCACCGUUAUCACCACCAUAGGCUAUGGACAUGCAGCCCCUAGCACUGAUGGUGGGAAAGUCUUUUGUAUGUUCUAUGCGCUGCUGGGAAUCCCACUCACCCUGGUCAUGUUUCAGAGUCUGGGCGAGAGGAUCAACACCUUUGUGAGGUACCUCCUGCACCGCAUCAAGAAGUGCCUUGGCAUGAGACGGCCAGAAGUAUCGAUGGCCAAUAUGGUCACCAUUGGAUUCUUCUCCUGCAUCAGCACCCUUUGCAUUGGAGCUGCCGCAUUCUCCUACUAUGAGAAUUGGACCUUCUUCCAGGCCUACUACUACUGCUUUAUCACCCUCACCACCAUUGGUUUUGGAGAUUAUGUGGCCCUUCAGAAAGAACACGCCCUCCAGACCAAGCCCCAAUAUGUGGCCUUCAGCUUUAUCUACAUUUUAACUGGGCUGACAGUCAUCGGGGCCUUUCUCAACUUGGUGGUGCUCCGGUUCAUGACCAUGAAUGCUGAGGAUGAAAAGAGGGAUGCGGAACACCGGGCACUGCUCACCCGCAAUGGACAGGCCAGCAGUGUGCAUACUACAGACACUACGACAUCCUCGACCGCUGCUGCAUUAGGGGGCAUAGGGGGUGGUGGAAACAGCAGCGGUAGAGGAGGACUCCGAAAUGUUUAUGCUGAAGUUCUCCACUUCCAGUCCAUGUGCUCCUGCCUCUGGUAUAAGAGCCGGGAGAAGCUACAGUACUCUAUCCCCAUGAUAAUCCCCAGAGACCUCUCGACCUCUGAUACCUGCAUGGAACAGAGCCACUCCUCUCCUGGGCAUUACCCAGAGACUCCAAACAACAGAUGCUUCUGCAACACUCAGCGUUCAGCCAUCAGCUCUGUUUCCACAGGACUUCAUAGCCUCUCGGCCUUCCAAGGACUUAUGAAGCGGCGAAGCUCUGUGUAAAGACUAGGAGCCCUUUUACAAACUCUCCUUCACUACUGAAAAAAAAAAGAAAAAGAAAAAGGCAGGCAUGAAAACCCAGGUGGAGAUAAAUGGCAACGAUACAACUUAGAAUUUAUAAAAAAUAAUCUAACCGUAAGAAGGAAGGAAGAGCAUGCGCCUAAGGGAGUGCACAAUAAACUGAUGGAUCAAGCAGCGGGUUGGUUAUGAGGGGCAAUCUCCUAGGGAAACUGAACCACCAGAGUCUCUAGAUCAAGAUCUGCUAGUGGAUUCUGUUAAGUUCUUCUGAUGAUCGAAGAAGGGAGAGAUCCAAGUUGUCCUUCCAAAGGUCUGGCAACACGAAGUUGUCUCUUCUCCCUAAGGAGGAGGCUCGGCACUCCAGUUGCUGGUGGAAAUUUUAAACUUGCUUUGCAGCAACUCCACAAAAUGUGAAACUUGAAAAUAAGGCUUUGCACCCUUGUAAAAGUGUGUAGAACAGGGUGAGGUGGCUCUCAAAUUGAGUGUACGAUCUUAAUUUGUGCCAAGGACUGAUGGAACGACCUUACAUUCCCCCCCACCCCCACAGGCCAGUCCAAUAAAGUUGGGUGAAAAGAGAGGAAAUGAUGAUAAGUACAGGUUUCCCCCCCUCCCCUGUUUAUUUUAAUUCCAUCCAUUUCAAAGGGAAAGGAGGGAGGGGUCUCCUUGCUUGCUUACCAUUGAAGGGCCUUCCAUAAAGGGGAAAACCUUUAUGCAGGAGAAGUUAGAAAUCUUAUAGAUGAUGAAGAACCUGUUCCUGAUUAGUUAAUACACAAAAGACAUCAGUUACAAAUGGCAUGGGUAUGUACGCACAGUGGCUUUUGCUACAUGGUUUGGGUCAAAUAUCAGCAAAAGCGGCUUCUUAUUCAUUGUAUCCCAUUCACAAGUGACAUUUAUUACUUUACCACCCUCCAGUGUACAGCACUGUGCAAAGCAGUCUCCCAUUUGUAUUUCUGUGUUCACGUGUACACAACAAAGCCCAUAUACUCUUUUGCAAAGCUUUCACAUGUGCAAAUCCACUCUCAAAAUCUUGCCCUUUUCUUACUAUCCCUAAAUCCCACUGAAUAGAUUUCAAAAAGGUCUUCUAUAUUUUCCCCUUUCUAGACCUUUCCCCCAUUCUCAUAGGCUCCCAGAAAGGAAUGCCAUUACAGUAUUCUUCCCCCCCACCUUCAAAUCCACCAUUUCUGAGUAUGUGAAAUAUUUAAUUUCUUCACAAGUGUGACAAGGUUGUAGCUCUAGCACUGUCUUGGCUUAGACAUCUUUACGCUAUGGUGCAGCGAGAGUCUGAUGCGAUGUGAAGGCAGAGCCUACUCAAAUCUCAUCAUUUCUCUAUAACCCAAAUUUCUAUUCUCCUAGGAUGUGCAAUGUCCUCUAAAAGUUACUGCAUUUCUACAAAUCAGAUGAGGGCUGUGUAUCAUGGGCCUCACUGCACCGAAGGGACACAACCCCAGUUUGCUAACCUGGAUGUUUUAUAGCUAACCUGGGAGAGUUGAUUUAAUUGGAAAGCAACCAUUCAGCCUUGGAUAAUUCAUUAUGAUUUUAAGAAUAAUCCAAAUGUUUGCUCAUAGGCUAGGCCAGUAUUUCUGUCAAUGAUUGGACAAGGCAAAACAUAUGAUGACAUGAUGGAAUUGUUCGCUGGACUUCUUCAGCCUAACACGCAAUUGCAUCUUUUAAAUCCAUAAUGAAACAAUGCACAGAGAAAGAUUAUUAUGGGAAAGAUGAGGUUCAAAUUCUUCUCCAGUGCUCUCUUUCUAGUGUUUGACCCCAUUAGAAGAAUACUUCAAUUGCUGAUUGAAAUACAUAAUCCAGCCUCGUCCCCACCAUCCCUCAGUUUGUUGCUUUGUGUCUUGAGGGCAUCAGGCUAAGGAAAGCUAGUGGGAUUCAUUAAAGAAAUCCAAUGUGCUUUUCACCUCCUGAUGCAAUUGUUAGUUCAUAACCUGGGGAAAUUGCUUAAGCAGAGAUUUCAAGAUCUAAAAUUAGUGAAUGAAUUUUGCUAUUCUCACAGGCUAGCUAUUUUUCCUAUGAUAGGGAACCCGUUCUGUGAUUCUUCUCAUAUUUCUUCAAGUCCUAGGUCAUCCCCUCUAAAACAGCUCUAAGGCAUCUUAGAUGGUCACAGUGAUUGGAGAUAGGCUCAAAAAAUACUCUAAUGGGAGCCAUAACUAACUAUUUGUAUUAACUGGAUUCUUUCCAGCAAAGCCCCAAGAAUAUACAAUAGGAUCUUCAAAGCAAGGAUACUGCCCCCAUGAUAAUGUAUAUACAGUAUGUUGUUUAUCUUUAAACAUUGAUCAUUUAAAAUUAUGUAUGACGGUAACUAGACAUACAGUAGGACAUGACAGAUAAAGUUAGUUGAAGGCUUUCCCACCCCCACCCCCAAACAAUUUAUCUUUAAAUAGAAGCAAAAUUCUAGAUUUCCAGGGAAAUCAUUAUAUCCAUUCUUCCCAUUUUGGAGGGGAAUUCUUAAAUUCGGGACCGUCCUUAAAAUAUAUAAAUAUGAUCGAGUUUGAUUCUAGUAAGGGUGGCAGAAUGAAAAGCAAACAUAUCUGAUCCAUGAAUGCAACAACCUGCUUUCUCUUAAAAGACAGUAAAAAGGAGAAAGCUACAUGAGAACAUUAACCCUUAAGUUAUAUUCAUUUGGCUGCAUCAGCAAGAGAUAAACAAAGAUGUGUGACUUCAGCUAAAAGUCACACCCAGUGCUGUCCCUGUUCUCUUCCUUCCUGGGACAGAUUCUGCCGAGAGGCUCACAAAGCAACUAGGCUUCCUGGCUCAAAUGGGUUGUUGCAUCAGUGAGCAAAUUAGGCUAAGCUGGUCUUAGGCUAAAGCUUUUUUAUUAUUGUCAUUCCUGCUCACGUGACCUUAGUAUUAGAAGCAACUGGCACAGCAUCACAUUGACAAAAGUGUGAAGCCAGAGCUGCCUGGAGGGCUGACUGGCAGAUGAAGCCUCCAGAGCAGGGGUCUCCAACCUUGGCCACUUUAUGACUUGUGGACUUCAACUCCCAAAAUUCCUCACCCAGCGCACACGGCUGAGGAAUUCUGGGAGUUGAAGUCCACAGGUCAUAAAGUGGCCAAGGUUGGAGGCCCCUGCUCCAGAGUGUCUCCUUAGGAGUUGAGGCUGGUUUAGAAGAGUAUAAGAGGUACCCAAGAUUAGGAAAAGUUUUGAAGGUUCUUGAGAUAGGAGAACAUGUACUAAUAUAUUUGGAUUCAAUAUAUUCUUGUUUUAUUGAAUAAAACUCUCUGACCCAUGCCCCUUGAGAGUGCUUCAAAAUGAAAUCAGGAUAGAAAACAUGAAAAGAAGCUUAAUGUUUGUGGGAUCACACCAUCACAUUUUGCUACCAAUGACUCUCCAACUAGCCAUCAAUGGUAGACUGCUGAGAAGAAAGAGAUAAGAAGUUAACAUCUCUAAAAAGAAGAAGAAUCAUUUCUGAAGUUACAAUAGAAGAGAAUAUCUGUAGCUCAGGCUUGAGCUGUGAAGUCUUUGAUGUUCUCUGAGCUUGAUGACUUGCCUGCAGACAUUUCAUUAUCCAAUUAGAUAACAAUUUAUUACCUAGAUGGGUAAUGUUAUAGAUGCAAUCAAACAACCUAACUCAGAAAGCACCAAGGACUCCACAUUUCUGAGGUUAAUUUCUCUAUCACUUAAUUCUCUACCCUUGAGACAUCUUCUUUUUCAUCUCAAAUCCUAGACAGAAGGGUUUUGCCAGUUCAUACCUCAAAGAGUUGUCCUUUUUAAAAUAUUCCCAUUU